AUGGGUAUCUGCUCUAGUAGAUAGAGAGAAAAUUUAUUAACAGAUAUUGAUAGUAUUCCUUUGUUAACUAGAGGUUAACUUGGAUUUGAUGUAAUUGUAGAAAACAUUAAGGUGAAAAUGGACGAUAUUGUAUAAAGUUUAGUAAUUAUGAUAAGUAAAGUUGCAAAGUAGUAAUGAUAAUAUCAAACUUUUCUGCAUUUGAAACUGAAGUAGAGAAGGAAAACUAAGGGUAAUUUUAUGUAAUUUAAUGAUAAUAUUUUUAGUUUAAAUAUAUUCAUAAAUUUUAAUUAAAAACAACAGAGGAGUAAUUAAAAUAAAAAUUUGUUGUAGUCGAGAUACAAAAUGAAAACGGAGAGUAGAUAUCGUCAUUUAAAUUGAAUCUAUAUCAAUUAGCCACAGGUCCAUUUCAUGUUGAUUACGAGUUUUCUUAAGUAGGAUCAAGAAAACACGGAAAAGUGAGUUUGGAUUUCAAAAUGGCUCAAAUUCUUGUUGUCAGAUUUAUUCCAAAGUUAAUUGAUUUCACCUUGAAGGAACCAUUAAGUCACAAUGAAUAUUGCUUCUAAUUAAGGAUGCUGACAUCGUAAUUAUAAUUUCAUUCUGAAUAUUCCCCUGUAUUUUAAAAUCAUUUAUUGCAAAAACCAUAACAACUAUAAUCAAAUAAAUAAAUAGUAUGGAAUGAUUCGAAAGUAGAAAUGGAAGUGGAAGUACCUUUAAUCGAAAUUACUUCCUCAUCAAUUUAAAUAUCCUUGUGGCAUACUAGUAAGGAUGGUAAAAAAGAAAUAGAAUGCGAGGCAUAUGUAAAUUUAAAUUAUGCUUUAACCUAAAAAACUGAAUAUGUAUUUAUUAAGUGAUAUUUAGAUUAUUGAUAAAGGAAUAAAAUCUUAUAAAAUAGACUGGAAACAAAAUAACAGAAGAGCGUGGAAUCAUGGAGUAUAAGAGGGAAUGCUUAAUUAUCAUUUAGAAAUCAUCUUGCCAUUUCAUUUGAAAUAGCAAAUUGUUGGAGUUAGAACCGAUAAGGGAGUAUCCUAAGGAACCAGAGUGAUCAAUUAAGCUAAAGCAAGUAUAAAAGAAAUAUAACAAUUGAGCUCAGCUGGAUAAGGCUUAUUAGACCUAUAGUAUAUUAUCUUAAGCAAAGUAUUUCAAUUAUUAAAAUUAUUAUAGUCAGAACCUGAUUAAAAUUUAAUUACAUAAUAAAAUGGUUACAUCAAUCAGAUCGUUGAAAAUUUAAAGUUGAGUCACAAACAAUCUAUGGUGUGUUUUGAAUAUAAAACUUAAUAGGAUCUCUUUAGUUCUUAAAAACUAUUAAUUGAUUUAGCAAUAAGACUAUUAGAAACAGCAGAUUAACAAUAGGAACAAUUACGAGAAUAAUACUAUGCUAUACUUAAAUUAUUAAUGAAUAGAGGAGAACUCAGUUUGUCUCAAUUGGGAUUUUCUGAUCAAACACAAAAAACUGAUGAAAAACUAUUAAAGUUUAAGAUGGAUAUCGGAUUGAGUUAUUAAGUCUUUUUAUAAAAAGGGUUAUCAACUACUUUAGAGAAGUUAAAGUAAAAGUCACUGGCACAAAAUGAAAGAUCCUUUGUUGAGAAUUUUUUUGCUAAUGCUUAUUUCAGAGUACCAGAAUUCAGAAAUAAAAUAAUCACCAGUGUUUAAAGAGCUGAGGAUGAACAAAUACCUGAGUGGAGAUCUCUGACUAAAUCAAGUGGUGGAAUUUCUAAUUUAGAAUUUAAUGACAUUUUUGAUUGGAACAAGCAUUUCUAUGAAUAUCUUAUGAAAGAUCCAAAAUAUUAUGCAAAUAAUCAUAAAAUGAAUGAAACUAUUAAUUAAACAAUGUGGCAAAAACGAUUAGGUAAAAGAGGAAUUGCUUUCUUUUUAUUUCUCAAAGAAUGGUGUGAUUUGCUAAAUACCUAUAUAGUUAAUAGUAAAAAUGUUCCGUAUCAUUAAUUACCAGGAUACUUUUAGCUAGUUAAGGCAUUUUUUUUAGAAUUAAAAUCAAGAGAAAUAUGUAACUAUCCAGAGGCUUUAAAAAUUGCUUUAUGCUAUUUACUCAGAAAUACAAAUUUAUUAAAUACAAUAAUUGUCAUCUUAUUCAAUAAGGUUAGUUUAUAUAACUCUGACAAUGUAGUUCAUUGUUUAGAUCUUUUAAAUAAAUGUUUUUAAAAAAUAAGUCAAUUUAACUUAUGCAUGCCAUCGUUUUUGGAUCAAAAAUACUUUUUAAAAGGAAUCAGGAUUAUUCUAUCACAAAGUGAACAUGCUUUAAUCAUAGCAAAAUGUUUAGAGUUGAUCUACACCAAUUAUUUAUUGUUUCCAGGUAAAUUUCAAUUUAAAAAUAUAGUGGAUCUAAAGAAAGAAUUGACUGACAUGAUCUUUGAAAACUUAGCUUUCAAAUUUUUUAUUCAUUGGUCUUAUAAUGUCAGAGUAAUAUUUCAUUGUUUUCUUAUUUAUCGCAUUUUCCAUUUGCACAAGCCAAUAAAAGAUCGAGAGUUCAAUGAAGAGUAUAAAAUUUCGUUAUUUUAGAGAUCUAAUUGAAAAAUAUCAAGAAUAAUUGAAACCGAAGAAAUAGCACAGUUAUUUUGACCAAAGGAACUCUUCUAAAUAGAUCAUAGUAUGUAUACAAAUUAAUACAAUAGUCUGAAUAUAUUUAUUUAAAAUACAUUAGAUUAAUGUAGCAAAUAGAAGAAGGAAAACAUUUAUCGAAAUAAAAAAUAAGCUAUUUUAAUUUAGAAAAUAAUACAAGGAUUGAGGAACUCAAAUUUAAACUUAGGAAAUUAUAAUCUAGAAUUUAGAAUAGAGAAAAGAACGAUAGCUUUUCUUAACGUUCUUUUAAGAUUAUACCUGAUAAUUAAUGUGAUGGUACUAUUUUACCAUUACAAUCAACUGAACAGAAUUAGGAAAAAUCAGUUCUAAAUAAAGGCUAGUUGCCUAAAUAAAGGAUUAUAUUGUCAGAAGCUUAGUUAAAAUAUUUGAUCAAAGCAUGCUUUGAAUAUGAUGACUAGAUCUCAUAAUAUUAAAAAUGGAGAUAGACUAAUUUACCUGACAAUUAUAGUACUUUAACUGAAGAAUGUAAGAUUGUUAUAAUACUCAUUUUCAGAAAUUAUCCCUGUAAUCGAAUCUUUCGUCGUACCUGUUGUGAGAAUUCUAGAAUUAAAGGAUGAAAAUGAAGGAAAUCUUAUGCAGAAAGAUGAUUGGUGA